GUAACUCGCAAGCCGGACGUGACGCAAGGCGGGGGGGCUGAGCUGCGCCAGCCGGAAACCCAGCAGGCGGCGAAGAUGGCGGAGAACAGUGGUCGCGCCGGCAAGAGCAGCGGGAGCGGCGCGGGGAAGGGGGCGGUGUCCGCAGAGCAGGUAAUUGCUGGCUUCAACCGCCUUCGGCAGGAACAGCGAGGCCUCGCAUCCAAAGCAGCUGAGUUGGAGAUGGAGUUGAAUGAGCACAGCCUAGUGAUCGAUACACUGAAGGAGGUAGAUGAAACUCGUAAGUGCUACCGCAUGGUUGGAGGAGUGCUGGUGGAGCGAACUGUCAAAGAGGUGCUGCCUGCUUUGGAGAACAACAAGGAGCAGAUACAGAAGAUCAUUGAGACAUUGACACAGCAGCUUCAGGCAAAAGGAAAAGAACUAAAUGAAUUCCGGGAAAAGCACAACAUUCGUCUCAUGGGAGAAGAUGAGAAGCCAGCAGCCAAGGAAAACUCAGAAGGGGCUGGGGCUAAGGCCAGCUCAGCUGGCGUGUUGGUCUCCUAGGGACCAAGGCCUUUGCAUUUUUUUCUACCCUGACUCCCACUUCUGAUUUCUCUUUAUUGUUAUUAUUUUCUCUGCUAUUGUAAUAUUUUUUGUUAAUUAAAUGUUUUGGUCACAAUGUU